AUGACUUCGUCGUCGCAGGCCUCCCAAUUCCCUUCCAUACCUUUCUCGGCGACAUUUCCGCAGCAGGGUUUCCGAUUGCUCGAAUUGCCGUUGGAAUUGGCGGAUUCGAUUGAGAAGCAGCGGGAACUGGGCGAAUUGAGACUACGCUUGCAAUUCAAAUCUGCACCCGCUCUAGAGUCUCCUGGACAUCCCGGUUCAAGGUUACAAAUACAAACUCCGUCGUCAUCUCCGUAUGGGGAAGGGCAAGGACAUCUGCAUCUGUGCAGCGACGACAAAGCCUGGGCCGUCAAGCAGGUCAGUACGAGUAAUAGCGUCUAUAUCACGCAGACACGGACACGAACACAAUGGAUAUCAGAAUCAGAGAAAGGAACAGAAACAGAACGAGAAAGGCGGAGGCAAAACAAUGAGCAACAGCAACAAAAGGAUGAUGAUGGAGAUGUGUCUAUGGAUUUGGAUUUGAAUAUGAAUGGAGAGUCAAGAGGCUAUGAAACAUCUGCCUCGGGGCAUAUUGAAGCAGAUAGGGAUUCACGGGGCGACAUAACGAUCAUUUCCCAAGUCAAGAAUAUCCUCGAACUCAUCGAAGUCAAAUCAGACGAGACGGAAAUCGAACGACGGAUUCGCAGCAUGGUACCUUUAUAUCGUGGGAACGACGAUGAACGUUUACGGCCAGAGACCGGUCCUAUAGUGACACUGAGAGAUGUCUUCAGCGAUAUUCCCGCGCCUACGAACGUUAUUUCAUCCGUCCUGAGGAAAUUAUUCGUCUUCACGAUCCUAGUCCCAGGACAAGCGCAGGAUAAGGAGCUGCAGGUGUCGGCAGCAUAUAUACCCGGCGCAGCCGUUCUGCUUCAGAGCUGGAAGUCGUUCAUCCAGCAGUGCGCGAUUUCAGGGGUCAAAGUCGACAGGGUCAGAGACUUAGAGGUCAGAGACCUGCAAGAUGUCCUAAGUGCGCUGAGGGCACUCGCAGAUGUCGAAGACGGAGGGAACGAGCUUGUGGCUGUCACGACGGCAAUUCUUAGACGCUUCACUGAAAGGGCCAAGGUCCCCUGCAUUGAGGGUGAAAGCGUUACCGACCUCGAAACGGAUCUAGGACUGAUCCUAGAUCUUGAGUAUGACAGCGACGAGCAGACGUCCAAGUGGAACGAACCCGAACUCCGAGACGCCGUUGGCAUCUGGCUUCUCGAGACUCUGCGCGACGACGCUUCUCCAAGCAUGAGCAUAUCCCCCGACGAGUUCCUGACUCGAUGGACAGAAAUCCUCCCUGACUCAUGGGCGAAGGGCUGUGAUGUUCCUGCCCUCGUCGCGGCCGUCGAUGGCGUCGAACUUGGGAACGUCGAGACAGGCAAGCAUGUGCUGAAAUUCAAUUUAGAUAUUACUGACGCCUUCGGAGCAAGAACGGGUCCUGACACGGCAUUCACGAGUUCUGCUUCAAAGGCGGCAGCAGUAGCGAAAGGACCCAGACAUGGUGCCGAUGCUGAUGCCAAAGCGCAGAAAAAGAGGAAAUGGCAUGAAAAGUUUGGGGCGCAGAGGAAUGUUCGUGCUGGGACCCAAAGAUGA